AUGCUAUUUUGUCAAUGAAGCGUUUCACUUUCGAAGAUCCAACUGUCUUCCCAGCAGGAGGCGUCCGAUAUUGGAACAAGGGUGACAGUAUCGGACAAAGACAGUUUACCACCUCGCUCCAUUGUCCAACUCACACCACAAAGUAACAAUUCCCGAAUUAUGAGCACCAACUGCCAACAGGAAUAUCACUUGCGAGAAUGCAAGCCAUCUGAAAUGGGAACAAAUUGCAGUGAGACCGAGGAAGGCUCGAUUCCUAUGACUGAAACAUCAGGAUCGAAUACACAGACUAUGCCAAUACACCUAACUCAAAACCGAAUGUUUCAAGCUCCUGUUUUCGAUCGAUCUACAAAUUUUAUCACCAAGUAUGCGACCUCACCAUUGUAUGCUCCAAUUCACCCUGACAACGCCAUUCUCCUAAAAGAUGUCUCCCCUAGACAUCAUAGGGCCGUGUUAACCAGUCAAAAUGCCAAUGGAGGGGAGCAAUAUGAAUACGGUUUCCUACCUACAGCUCUGGUACUCUCGGAAAUAAAUGACACCUACACAGCUCUAAGUGAAUCAACCCAACGUAAACGGUCUGCUGGCAAUCCACAGGCGCUUGAAUUGAAUGAAAUUUAA